UGGCCCGGGCCCUGCCCGCUGCGGCCGCUCACCCGCCGAGUCCCCGGAGCUCUGGGCAGGCGGUAACGCGGCUCCGACCCUGGGCGGUGAUCCAGCCCCGCCGGUCCCGGUCACUGUCCCGCCUCCUGCUGGAAAGAGACCGAACUGCUCCAGUUAAUCGCUGAAACAAGAAGUGGUGAAGCGCAGUACUGUGGCUCUGCUGACCCGGAGAGACUGCCGCAGGAACCGGCAAGCAUGCAGAGGCACAGCAUUUAGCCAGACUGAAUAACAAUGGCUUCCUUCAGCAACCUGACCAUUGGCAUUGCUUUUGCCAGUUUUACCGUAUUUCAGCUCCUGUUCCAUGUUUUAAGUCCUUGGGUGUCAACACGAAUAUCACCUGGUUUUAACAAGCUCAGCCAAAAAAGGCAGAUCGAAUGGAAUUCAAGGACAGUGUCCACAUUCCAUGCCCUGGUGGUUGGUGGGUUUUGCCUAUAUAUUUUGUUGUACGAUGAUGCUGUUAAUGCUGACCGUCUCUGGGGUGACCCUUCAAUUGUGCAACUGAAUAUUGCUAUUACCACAGGCUACCUCAUUUCUGAUUUGUUGCUUAUUAUUUGCUACUGGAAGGCAAUUGGUGACAAAUAUUUUGUAAUACAUCACUUGGCAGCUCUGUAUGCUUACUAUUUUGUACUGAGCAAAGGUCUAUUGGCUUAUUUUGGAAACUUCCGUCUGCUUGCAGAGUUCUCCACUCCUUUUGUCAAUCAGCGGUGGUUUUUUGAAGUACUGGGAUAUCCCAAAUCUUCAAAGGCCAACAUCAUCAAUGGUGUGCUGAUGACACUUGUGUUCUUCGUGGUGAGGAUUGCCGUCAUGCCUACCUAUUACAGCCAUGUAAUUUCUUCAUUUGGAACAGAGGGUUUCCAGAGAUUAGGAUUUGCAGCCCAGAGCGCCUGGAUUAUAUCAAGUGUUGUCUUGGAUGUUAUGAAUGUGAUGUGGAUGGUCAAAAUUGCAAAAGGAUGUUACAAAGUCAUUUGUCUUAUCGGACAGGAGGAAGCCAAAACUCAUAGAAAUGGAAAAUCUGACUAGAAAUCAUGCAUAAAAUGAAAUUUCUGCUACGAAAAUAAGUUCACUGAAACAGUGCACAUUUCUGCCAUGGAAUGUUCCUCUUACAGAAACAAGGUAUUACCUCGGUACUGACCUUACUCUUUUCCCAGCCACACUGCCUGCACACCCAGGGCCACACUUUAUGGAUCCUCUCCAGUGAGGAAUAAAAGCAAAAGCUCACACAAGGAGUUCCACGUGUCUGUUCUGAGCAGUUACAAGCUACUGAAAUUAGAAAACAGCGGACUGGUUAAUUGCUUGUUGUCUACCAGUGUGUUUGAACUCAGGUUUCUCAGAUUAAUGUGUUUUAUAAAUACAGUGAAUACUGACAUCUCUUUUUUUUAGAAAACAAAACUUCCCAAACUCUUGAUAUGGUGCAAUUUUCCUUGCACGUUUCUAUGUUUUUUCUAAGAAUAACAAGAUUUCAUUCUUGACAACUUUUUAAUUUUUGCAAGUAAAGCUAAAAAUAUAGCUUUGAUUCUGUGAAGUCUUUUACUGCUUUUUUUUCUGUUAUAUGAAUGCAAACAAUUUUUUGAAAAUUAUGAAAUAAUUUAAUCUAAAAUACUGUAUUAGAAGACUGCAAAAAUAUCUUAAAAAUUGGUGAUAUAUCUGAUUCUGAUUGGAAGGAUUCACUUUUGCUGUGUUAUGUUACAUGCAAUAGUAUGUCCUCUAAAUUGCCCAUGGAAUUUUUUUGUAAGUUAGUAUAGUAAAUGAUGUGUGGAAAAAGUAUAAUUCUAACUGGAGUGCUUUUUUUUCUUUGCUGCUACUACCCUGGAGAAGUGUUGCAACUCUCCUCAAAGUUUUUAUAACUGUUCUCUAUUUGGAUGCGAAGUUGAUUUGUAAAGAGAGAACAUUUUUCCAUAUAUGUGAUAUGUAACUUACAGUAAUACUAUUCUCUUUUAUUAGAGAAAUGACCCAUUUGAUAUGAAGUGUUGAGGGGCUUUGUCACAUUUUUCUUGUUAAUAACAUCAGAAAUUUGAGGUGUUGACCAAAAUAAUUCUUCAAUUAACAGUGCCAAACUUCCGUAAAGCUGUGUGAUACGUCUAUAGAAUGACAGUUCACCUAUAUAGGAGCAAUAUUAUAGUUUUUUUUUAAAAUGACAAUUGUCAAUGAGUACUCUGUUACUUCUUCAAACCUAAAGAUUUGGAGGGCAUCAGAGAGAAAUCUUACCAUCCAGGAAUAGCGUGGAAUCUAAUUUAUAAUAUAAUUUAGGAAAUUCUAUUUUUUCUUUUAGCUUCAAAUGAUUUUGAGAGUUGUAUUUGUGUGUAGUUUGGUUUUGGUUUAUUUGCUUUAAAACAUAUCUGAAUUGGGACUGAUUUACUUCUGCUUUUUACCCUGGGUAGGUGGUUUGUUUGUUGUUCUUGACAUUACUUGCUAUUUUUGGUACCUUCUGGUAAGGUGUGCUAACAGUAUUAGUUUUCACUCAGUACUUUAGUGCCCAUCCCAAUCAGUGUAGCACACUGAUUAACCAGUUAAUUUUCAAACAAAAAGAUAAAAUAUUUACUCUCUAAUGAGCCUGGUUACAUGGUCUCUUCCCUCAGUGGUGGUGGUGUGAGUGCCCUCAGGUGAGGGAUGCAGCACUGCUGCCUUCCAGGCAUUGGAUGUUGUAAGUCCCCAAGAAGACUGUGCUGAGUUAAUUUCCCCAGUUAAAAUUACUUAAGGUAGUAUUGUUUGGGCUAAUGUAAUAUGCACUUUUAUGAGCCUGGUUUUGCUCUUUAACUGGGCUGGCUUUUUUCCAAAAUAAUUUCCAAUUCCAUGGAAAGUCAAGUGAGAUAUCAAGGACUGUUAAUACUUCUGUAUUUUGGAUUAUUAAUACUUCACAAGCUGGCAGAAAAAAAGAUCUGCUUGUCUUGAGAAAGCUGGCAAUUCAUCUCUUCAGUUGUAUGGUUCGGGUGUGCACGGUACCUUAGAAAUCCAUAGUCUUUGAGCACUGAUAUUGUGCCCUGCUUUGCUGAAAAAUACAUUCUCCCUUUUAUACUAAUUCGCAGUACCUGGAAUCUUUUAAGAUAGUGAUUUCAGUGUAUCUAAUGCAAAAAUCUGUGCUAUACAGAAAGGCUCUGUUUCUGUCACCUUUAUGAUUUAAAGGUGUACACGAAAUACUUUUUUCUUGUAUUUAAGUUACUAGAUCAGGGAACCACUUUGUAAUGGCUUGUUCCUUUCUAAAAUGAUUUUUAAAUGUAGUACAUUUAAACAUUUUGUAUAAUAUGUUUGAAAGCAGAAGUCUACUUCUGUUGUUUGGGAAGUAGGAUGGAAAAAAUUGAUUAGGAAGAUUAUUUGAGGCAAAUCUUAAAGUGAUAACUCAUUAAAUCGUUUUGAAAUUAAUCCCUUCUUAGUGUUAUCUUCAAUAUUUCAGUAUUCUAGUAUUUUUUUGUUUUCAGUGGAGAAUAGUCAUUAAAAGGGUGCACUUCUAGAUGGAUUUGUGUCUGAUGGGGGGGAAGUAAGUUGACGCUAUAAUGAAAUUGUGUUAAAACAAGUUUGAAAUAAAAACCAAAUCAAGCCCCCCUGCAUAAUACACUUUGGGCAACAAUCGAGAAUGGAAUGACAAUAGAGUAAUUGUUUUAAAAUAUGUAAUAUUUUAUUUCAGAACAAAAACCAUAUUUUGUAAUUCAUUAGGUUUAAAUUGUCUGUUUUCUUUUAAAAACCUAUUACAAUUAUGUCUUGAUGCAUCAAUUAUGUGUCAGAAGACCACUAUUCAAUGAAAUAAAAAAUUAACACUUUUAUAGUUGGCAAGGACUGUAGUAAACAGGCCGCAAAGUUGUGAUGUACUGACUACAUUAGUAUAUGGUACUUUUACCUGCCAUUAAAGGCUUAUCAUGCAUCAAAUUAGAUAGCUGUGGCACCUAUUUUUCAAUUGCACUUUAUUAAUUUAAAAACCGUGGUGAAAUAUUAAUGAAGUUUCAUGUUGCAAGGUUGUUUCUUUGCUUUUUUAGGUGAAAAAGUUAAUGCAUUAUAAGUAUCACCAUAAUAAAGGCUACCUUUAAAAUGUAAUAUCAUAUUAUUAGUAGCAUAAAAAUUCUGUUUUAAAAGAUGCAUUUUCUAGUGUAAAAGCAGACUCCUGGUAUGUCACCAGGUGUCUUUGCCAUGGACAUAUCAAAUGGAAGGAAUUAAUCUUGUAAAAACCAGUCAUUUAUCCUGUUUUUCUUUCCCUUUAUGUUCUUCAGCGCCAGGUGAUGUAAAAUUAGCAUGAAGAUCAUGAGAGAAUCUAUUAGUACCAGCAAGGCUGUAUGUAGGAAUGAAAGUUUCCCUUUAUUAUGGCUUUACUUUUUCAUCAAAAGAUGAGUAGAUACCACUUUAGGGGCACGGUAGGUUGAGUUUUGCUUUUAUAAUUGAUUUGUGGGUACAGUGCUUGCAUAGAGGAUAUGUACUUCAAAUACUCAUUUUCUCUGUGCAUAUUCCAAUGGAUUUCAAUGAAGUUGAGAGCCUUACACUACAGAGAUGCUUUAUGGGCUACCUGUACUUCAGUGGUAAGAAUUAACAUCUCUAAAGCCUACUCUACCUCUAUAAAUACAUCAGUGAGUUCCAUAAUUCAAUAAGUUAAUUGCUUAAAAAUAUAAUUGUUGAAUAAUGAAAAAAAUCGUAUGCACAGGAAAAUGAAGGGAGCUGACUCUACAUCUAAAUUCAUAAUAAUUCCAAAAUUUGUAUUAAACAUUACAUUAAUUCCAGUGUCUUAAAGAGAAUUGCUUCCAUCUUUACUUAGAAAAUUGUGGGAGAAGACUACUCAUAAUGCAGAACUCACGUUACCAAGGAGUAAAAGCUUACUCAAGUAUUAAAGCAGAUUUAAAGAGUAGACGUGGAGGAGACUUUGAGAACACAAGAGAAGGGAUUCAGAUAUCUUCCUAUUACUGUGGUAGGGGCAACAGCAGACUGAUGAGUAGCAGAAAGGUUGAAGUAUUUCUGUAUCUCUGUUGGCACUGGAAAAUGAAACUGUAUUUUAAAAUUUUCAAGCUGUAUAAAAUGGGUUAUCAGUUGUUGAUUGUUGUAUGAAGACAACUUUUUUCUUGUGGUCUUGUAUUUAAAUAUAUGUACAUGCAAGCUUUCAGUAAAAGAUCCCUUAAAAGAGAAGUUUGUAAAAUUGCUUUCUAAAGCUUCUGAUGAGCCACUCAGAAGAAAAUAAAGGGCUGCUUGACAAUUAUUCCAUCUUAGAAUCUGGUGCAGUGCUGGCUGUUUGUGAAAGCCAUCAAUAAUGCAAAUAGAAAGAGAAUGUAAUUUUCACAUAAAAAAAUGCAAGCAUAGAAAACCUUGAAAAGUAUGGGCAGCCCUCUUCCAUACUUUUAAUAGCUGACUGUACAACAUCAUUAUCUGGCUACAAGGAGUUUCACAGGGAAGGAUUUGUUCCUGAUGGAAUUUCUCUGUCUAAAGAAUAUAUUUGACAGCUGGGAAAAGAAUAGUACUUCAUUGCUGAGAUCCUGACAGCAGUAUAAUGGAAAUAGUCAUCAAUAUUUAUGAACUAUACCUUUCAUCCAAACCUGGGUAAAAGCUCUUUGUUGGAAGAGAUUUGUCUUAGUUUGCUGAAAGCUACUCAAAGGUUAUUUUUUUGGUAGAGAAGAUGAAAGGUGUGCUGCUUGGAAUAUUUAGAGAUCUGGGAUUAAGCAACAAAUAAUACUUUUAGGUGGUAACACUUGGAAAGUUUCGUUUCUCUACUAGCUACCUCCUUUUACAUUCUUCCUCUAUUUAAAAUUGCCAGGCACUUUAUAGCUCAGUAAAGAAUGGAAGGUAGCGAUGAAAAGUAAAUUGUAUUGUUUGGUAUACAUAAUAUUUUGGCAAAAUUUCUUCUAAGAGCAGUUUCAUUGUGUGAUGUCCAGCACUGAGAGGGCAUCUGAUUAUAACAAUGUAUAUAAAUUUUUAAUCUACUUGUAAUGUAAAGAAAACAUCUUUAAGAGAUUUGAAUUAUGAAAAGUUCAGCAUGGCUUGGUAUCAACCAUGUAAUGAUUCAGCGUGCUAUUUAUAUCUUCCUACUUACUGAAAUUGAAAAUAUAAAAGCAAAUAAAAUAUUCUGCAAUGUAUCUUUAUUUUUAAUCUAUGUGUGGGAUGUCAAACAUUGUACUUGUCUUGUGAGCAGGACAUGCUUUUAUGAGCCUAUAAAUAUUUAAGUAUAUAAGAAGCUGCACCUGAGUGUUGCAUGUAAAUUGUCUCUAAGUUUUUAAAUUUUGGAAUUUAAAAAAAUUUGCUAGGUUUGAAAGCAGCAUUUAAAUAUGAAUACUAAGCUGUACCACAGAAUAUAACUGAAUGCAAUGUGGGAUAUAUUUGUUUUGUUUAUUGCUACCCUAUUCCAGUUUUACAAGAGAAAUCUGUCAUAUGAUAGGAGGAGAGGAAAAGGGCUAAUGAUGAGCUCAGCUAUAUAAUUUGCACACUUUAUAUGCACACACCCAAAUAUCCUGGAUUUGGUACUAGCAUGUAUAUACCAAACAGUGUUUUCUUUAAAACCUACAUAUACCUGUAUAUGUAGAAUAAUUUAACAUGUAAGCACAGCUAACUUGACAUAAAAACAAAACCUGCUGGGAACAAAUGAGUUGCAAGUUAGGGAUAAGUCAUGGAGCCUAUAAUUAAAAAAUGUUUAAUCUUCUGUCUAAGAAGAAAUUUGAUAAAUAUAUCUAACUUAUGUGCAGAACAAGGACGAAAAUGAAAUUCUGCUAGACUGAGUUCUAGUAAAUCUUGACAAUCUGGUUUGCAGUAAAUACUAAUAUUGUCACAAAAUGUCAGGAUUGCAUUAUUAAAUGAAAAUAGUAAUGUGGCCUUAUCAUGGCACAAGACCUUAAAAAUGCAAUAUAAUAAUUCUGCAGAUUGGUAAUAAAAGUAAUCAGUUGUAAUGAGGUGAAUGAUUAAAUAAUAUGGCUUUGAAUCUACUUUUUAUUAUAAAAAAAAAUCUGAAUGACUUGUUUGCAUUUUAGUGAUACUGCAUUUCUAUAAUUUUUUGGAAUGGUUUAGGAGCUUGCAUACAAUUAUAUUGGCUGUUCUUUUUCCCCUUUGAUAUAUGCAAUAAUGUCAACAAGCAAUAAAUUGCAUGUUGUAUACAAGGUAUCUGUACUUCUUAAUAAAGGAAAGGAACACGGUUUCUUA